UUUACCCUAAAUCCCAAGCGGCAUUUUUAUAGACAGCGGCGUUUUUCCCUUUCGAGCACACACAGUCAUGGACAGCGGCCUCGUGUCUCCACUUUUGCAAAUCCACCGGACAGAGCCAAACAGGAGCAAAGUUGUUGAAUCGGAGGCUGUUGAACUUAUUGGGAGCAAGGCUGUUGAAUCAGAGAUUGUUGAAUCACAAGCUGUUGAAUCGGAGGCUUUUGAACUUAUUGAGGGUAAGGCUGAUGAAUCGGAUACUGAUGUAUCAUUGUUUGAUGAAUCGGAUACUGAUGAAUCGGAUAGUGAAAAACUUAUUGGUCGUGAAUGUGAGUAUUGUUUAAAGGUGGGUGUUCACUUUACCCAAACAUGCCCUUACAAGUAUCAUGUCCCAAAGAACGCAAUUGUUAGCAAGAGGUGUAUGGUAGUUUGUAAUUUUUGUGGUUGCCUCUUUAAAGACUCAUGUUGUGGCAGUUGUGGCCUAAGCGAUGGAUGUGCAAUUCUCAUGGAUUGUUUACAUUGUGGGAAGAUAGGUGAGCACUUGACUUUUAUGUGUCCGAAUCGCGAGGGGAAACUUUCUUAUUUUUCUUGUGACCCUUAUAAUGGUUCUUGUCGUUUGUAUUGAAAUGGUAGAGAAUGGAGAGUUAAUGAUACUCUAAAAGUUAAAGCAAAGAUUAAAUGUUAGUUUCAAUUUCAACAAAUUUUAGAAUUUUUAAAUAGUUGUAAUCUUCUUAGACAUGUAGAGUAACUUCAUGAGUAGAUCCGAACGAGAUUGACUCCUACAUGUGGCCUUGUUUCCCUAUGUUGAAUGAGA